CAUGUAAAGUCUACCAUGAUGUUAUUCGCAUUCGCUCUCGUGUUGCUGCAAGCUGUGGCUAUACAGGGUUCUUUCGUCAAUCUUUGUCCAUCUUUCGAAGACCUGGCGCCUUGCAAUUGCGUGAGCGAUGGCAAGACCAUACGGGUGGACUGCAUCCAGGUGAACGAUAUAGAGGAGGCUCGGAAGGCCGUGCACAGCACAGAAGGGAUCAAGAGGGUCUUCAUAGAUUUCCUUAGAUCCAGUCUGGACAAGGUGCCAUCUGAUCUUUUUAAAGGUCUGCAUGUAACCAAGCUUUCUUUCACCAACUGCAAGCUAAAGACUUUCGGCGAUGAAGGGAGAUCUGCUCUCGAGGGUUUGGAAGAUAUUAUUGAAGAAUUUUCCAUCCACUUCAGCUUUAUGGGUGAGAACGAUCUGAAGUUCUUGAAUGUGUCUUCGCUUCGAGUCCUCGAAGAUCUUGAGAUUGAAGGCAAUGACAUCCACGAGCUCAGCAACGAGUGGUUCAGGAACGGACCUGUGAGCGUCAAGAACCUCUUCAUCAUGACGAAUUUCAUCGAGAAGUUAGGGGACAGAGCUUUUGCAUCUCUCAAGAAUCUGAGAAACCUUUGGCUUACAGGAAACAAAUUCAAAACUUUGAAAAGGACCAUGUUCCCCUAUCCUGCAACGCACCUUACUUCGCUAGAUCUCACCAAUAAUGAUAUCUCUGCUAUACCUGAAGACUUAUUCAUUGGAAUGCCUUCGUUAAAGGAAGUAAUUCUUGCCGAAAAUCAUAUUAAACGGGUGCCAGAGUCUACGUGGUCACUUAUCUGGGGCCAAGUUACCCGAGUAUACCUAGAAAGCAACCCCUUGGAGUGCGACUCCCACAUUGAGUGGAUGUUCAAAGUAGCACGACCAUACGUUCUUAAAGGGAAGUGUGUUUCACCUGCUGAAAGAAAAGAUGUCGAUCUGAAAAGAAUUAUUGACGACAAACAAAGAGACGAAGACUACGACGAUUUUUAAGCUUACACACUUUAAUAUGCCUGCACCUGAAUAAAAUUAUAUCGACUUUCAAUUAAAAAAA